GGCAUGUAUGUAGGUUCCACAGUGACGUAAAUGAAGUUUUGAUCUCACAGGCAGUUCAGAAACCAGUAAAGAAAAAUGCCGUUUAGAGACAGUUUAAGCCCACUCUCAGAAACAAGUGGGCGCUCGGAAAUAUGUGACGUUCUGUAGGGAUGUGGAAACAGAGAGCCUUUAGAUUUGUGGGAGAGUUUAGUAAAGCCCCUGAGAGCUGAGAGAGAGAUAGAUAAAGAGAGGGAGAAGAAAAUGUAGAAAAGGAGAGGGGAGUGUCGCUCAAAGGGCCACAGAGCUUCCUGUGCAGAGCUGCAACUAAAUGUUGGUGACAUAUCGAGCUGACAGAGAGAGGAAGCAAAGCAGGAAAGAAAGCUGGAAGCACUAAAAGUGAACAGUCGAAACUAGACAAUCAACAUGGGAAAGCAAAACAGCAAGCUCCGUCCCGAGGUGAUGCAGGACUUGGUGGAAAACACAGACUUUACCGAGCAUGAGAUCCAGGAGUGGUACAAGGGCUUCCUGCGGGACUGUCCCAGUGGUGCGCUCUCCAUGGAUGAAUUUAAGAAGAUUUACGGCAACUUUUUCCCCUAUGGAGAUGCGUCAAAGUUUGCCGAGCACGUCUUCCGAACCUUCGACGCCAAUGGAGAUGGAACAAUAGAUUUCAGAGAGUUCAUCAUUGCUUUGAGCGUCACGUCACGUGGCCGUUUGGAUCAGAAGCUAAAGUGGGCCUUCAGCAUGUACGAUCUGGAUGGAAAUGGAUACAUUAGCAAGGCGGAAAUGCUAGAGAUUGUACAGGCCAUAUAUAAGAUGGUUUCUUCAGUGAUGAAAAUGCCUGAGGACGAGUCCACACCUGAGAAACGCACAGAGAAGAUCUUCCGCCAGAUGGACACAAAUCGUGAUGGUAAGCUGUCACUGGAGGAGUUUGUAGAGGGUGCAAAGAGCGACCCUUCCAUUGUGCGACUGUUGCAGUGUGACCCGAGCGGUGCCGGCCAGUGAAUCAACAGUGCGUCUCGCUAAUGUCAUAACCUCUCUCACACAGGUCUUUCUGUUCAAUAUAAUUUAAAUAUCAACAGAGCCUGGACUCCAAAACUCCACCCCUAUUUAAGUGUCUGUGGGCCUCACUGGGCAAGAUUUUUUAGCAAAAGGAAACAUGGAAACAUGCAACCAUUUUUCCAUAGCUACAUAGAAAGUGUUCAAAAACUCACAUGCUGACAUUCACAAAGGUCACGCACACUAAAAAGCUCAUGUUCCUGUGUCUCUCUGCACUCUGAAAUCCUUGUAUAGGGCUUUUUUGACACAAUAGAUGGUGAUGUAAGUGACAUCACAUCCUGUUGUUAACACCUUAACCGAAAUGUACCUCCUCAAAAAUAACAAACACAGAUAAGGGUUUUUAAUGUUAACCAAGGUUGGUUUAGAGCUGAGUUUAAGUAAAUUGUCCCAGCAUUUCAAAUGCACCUUUAUACUGGUAUAUAAAAUAACUAUAUACCAAAAUAUACUUUAUUAACUUAUGAUUUUUAAGAGUUUUACAUUAGGUGUCUUUAACUACUACUGUGUAAUAACAUUAAAAUACAUAUAAUACAAUGUAUUUAUUGUGUAACUACAUGUGGUUCUGCAAAAUUCUCACAAAAUUCACAUUUGCUGCUACUGAAGUUGAGGUAUGGGUAGGUUUAGGAGUUAGGGUUUAGGGUAAGGAUAGGGUUAUGUUUAGGGUUAGGGAUAAGGGUAACAGUGUAACUACAGAUGCACUUGAAUGCAGGUACUUAAAAUAUAUGUAAGAUGCAACAAAAUGUAUGUACAUAAUAAGCACAUUGUAUCAAAUGCUGAAGUACAUAGUAGUUAAAGACACCUAAUAUAAAGUGAGACCACAUUUUCUAAUUUAAUUCAGUUUACACAUACAAUGACAAAUAUCAUUCUUAGUAUUUCAGCAUAACUCAACUGAGGAGAGGUAGAUGGGCAGCACUUGCCCAUAUCAGAGUUUUUUACUUGAAGUUUUUAUGUUUAUUUUUUUUAAUGAAACAUUCAUUGCAUUAUGAUGUCAGAGCCUGUGAUAGCAAAUCUUAAAGCGGUUGAUGAACUUAUGACAAUGGUACUCCUUUUAGGAGCUCAAGUAUAAUCUAUAAAAAUUAAAAAUUAAAAAAUAUAAAUUCUUAAAAAAACCUUUAUAAUCAUUUUAAAAAAAUUUUUACGGAGCGUUUUUGUCUUAUUUCCUGGUUAAAAUAUCUAACAAACUUAACAAUAAUGACAAGAUAUUAAGUAUUGUUUUAAGAGAAGUCAAAAAAAUUUGGUGGGGUUUAUGCUUAAAACAAGAAAAAACUGUUUUCCCUUUGAAUCAAGGUUUUUUUUUUUUUUUACCCUGGAAAAUUGCUUUUUCAUGUUAUACGCAUAAAUAUUACAAAAUGUUGUUUGAUUUCUCUAAAAAAAAAAAAACAAGACAAUAUAUUCUUCUCAAUUAAAUUUAUCUCGUUUUAAGAAUGUUUAGAUAUUUUUACUGGAAAACAAGACAAAAAUACUAUUUUUUUUUUUAGUGUAGGCUAAAUAAUAAUAAUAAACAUAUAGUCAGAAAAUAUCAAAUAUCAACCAAACAAAUUCAUAUUUUCAUAGGGACAACUAUAAUAUUGAUCUUUCUGCUUCAAAACAGGGAACAUGAAAGUAUUAGACAAAGAAAAUGAAGAUAUUAUUUAUGGUUUUACUUAGUGGGUACUUAGUGAACAAUUCACCACACCACAAAAAAGAAAAAGAAUAAAAAAAGGGAAAAAGGCU